GAAUCCUAAAUCCCGGUCGUGCGUACUGCCACUUGGUUUUCCACCCGACAAUGAUUUGGCAGAUGUUUUGUUUUGUGUUAUCAAUCUACCAAAAAGGAAGCAGUGUUGCAAUAGUUUCUCCAUAUUAAUCCUCUAGGAGUUAUAGUGAAGGAGUUAUAUAAGAGAAUUGAAGAGUUCUUGAUCACUACUGUUAUUGUGUCAAAAAGGAGCUCUAGAAAGCAAAGGGUUGGUUCCUUUGAUUUGAUGGAUCCAAGACAACUACGAUCUUGUUCAUCAUCUUACGUGUCAACGAGAAUUGAAGAAGAGAAGGUGAUAACUAGGUGUUGUAGUGAUUGCAAGACCACCAAGACACCAAUGUGGAGAGGUGGACCAACUGGUCCCAAGUCACUUUGCAACGCAUGUGGGAUCAGAUUCAGGAAACAGAGACGAUCAGAGUUAUUAGCUAUUCGUAUUAUUCAUAGCCACAAAGUCUUAGACUCCAAAAAGAUAAAACCAAAAUCAUCGUCAUUAUCAUCAUCACAUGGUGGCGUGGCUGUUAAGAAACAAAGAUAUCUAAAGGAGAUAGAACAAGCCGCUUUAUGUCUACUGUUAUUGUCUUGUAGUUCUGAUUUGGCCUGAGAAAAAAAAAAAAACAGAGUAUCUCUCGCUGAAACACACAGUUUUGUCCUCUGUUCUACGUUCAUCUUGG